UAAUAUAAAGAUCAAUUGACAACUCUUCUAUUGAUUGGUAAUAUCUCAUAAUAUUGAAAAUAUGGCACCCUCCCAAAACCCAAUUCCCACUAUUGCCACAGUGGUCUUUGGGGUUUUCUUCUUAAGCGUCUUUUCCACAGCUGAAAAAGCUCCAUACAGUUCCUUUGCGAAAAAUGCAACAUCAGCUCCGUCGACCGGGCACUACGACUACAUAAUCAUCGGCGGCGGAACCGCGGGUUGCCCGCUGGCAGCAACGCUCUCCGCCUCCGCCAAGGUAGUACUCCUCGAGAGGGGUGGCCUUCCGUACACCGAUCCCCACAUCGUCCACGCCUCGGGAUUCGCCCGCACGCUGACGGACCCGUCGCCCGACUCCGCCGCGCAGCUCUUCAUCUCCACCGACGGCGUGUUCAACCACCGCGCGCGCGUGCUGGGCGGGGGCACCGCCAUCAACGCCGGUUUCUACACGCGCGCCAGCCGCGAGUACGUGGGCCGGGCCGGGUGGGAGCCGCGGCUGGUGGAGGCGUCGUACGAGUGGGUGGAGAGGAAGGUGGCGUUCCGGCCGCGGGUGAGGCGGUGGCAGGCCGCGGUCAGAGAGGGGCUGCUGGAGGCCGGCGUGCUGCCCGACAACGGGUACACGUACGAGCACGUUGAUGGGACCAAAACCGGAGGAUCAACAUUCGAUCAGAAUGGAAUUAGGCAUACGGCCGCUGAUUUGUUGGAGCAUGCUCAUCCAAACAAUAUUACUGUUUACUUCCAUGCUACCGUGCACCAAAUCCUCUUCUCCACCUCCCCAGGGCAAAGAAGCAAGGCUUAUGGAGCAGUUUUCAAAGACUUAAAAGGCAAGAAACAUAUGGUAUACUUGAACAAGGGAAAUAGAAAUGAGAUAAUAUUGUCAGGUGGAGCAUUGGGCAGCCCACAGCUUCUAAUGCUGAGUGGUAUCGGGCCAGCCCAUGAACUCAAAGCCCAAGGAAUAGAAGUGGUGUUGGACCAGGCAAUGGUGGGCCAAGGGAUGUCCGACAACCCAUUGAAUGGCAUCGCAAUAGCUUCUAGAAGGUCCGUGGAAGCCUCCCUUCCUCAAGUAGUUGGCAUAACUGAUAUUGGCUUCUACAUUGAAGCACUUAACGGCAACAUUGACUCCUUAACUUCUCUUACAACUGCUGCAAAUCAAGGCAACGAGCUAGCAAUGAUCGGGGGAAAGGUAGCGGGACCUUUCUCGGAAGGGUACAUGAAGCUUCAGAGCAAGGACCCCAAUGACAAUCCAAGUGUGACAUUCAACUACUUCAGUGACUCGAGGGACUUGCAGAAGUGCGUCCAAGGCAUGAAAAUCCUCCAAAGAGUUGUGGGAUCACAGGCCAUCUCCCGAUUUAGGUACCCCAACAGCACGAUACGAUCCUUGUUGAAGUAUACAUUGUCCUUUCCCAUCAACCUCAGGACACAGCACAAGUCAGCAGCUUAUGAUAUGCACCAAUACUGCAAUGAUACAGUGAUCUCAAUCUGGCAUUUCCAUGGAGGUUGCCAAGUGGAUCGGGUCGUUGAUCGUGAUUAUAGGGUGCUUGGUGUCGAUGCACUGCGUGUUGUUGAUAGCUCCACCUUUUACCACACCCCUGGAACUAAUCCUCAGGCUACCAUUAUGAUGCUUGGGAGGUAUAUGGGACAUAAAAUCCUUAAUCAGAGGCACAGAGGGGAAAAGGGUGCUUGAGAUUUUACAUCACAAGACAUGCAAAUAAAGUGGAAUGCAGGCAGCUAAUGUAUAUUUCAUUUAAGUGACAUUUCAUGAGAUUAUUUCAAGUAAUAGACAUGAUAUUUACAGAAGCAAUUUGAUUGAUAAGUGUACCUUGACUGACCUUCCCAAGGUAGAGUAUGAAAUUCAAAUCUUUAAAAUGGGAACAAAAUAAAUGUGAGGGAGGAAUAUCACCAAGGA